UGCGUUGCUCUUUCUGAUUUUGCCAUGUGCUCCUUGUCACCCUUUUUGCUUUUUUCUCUAGGCUCUUCCUAAAUGCCUUUUUUAGGGAAUACAUCUGCCUGCAAGAUGCAGGCAUGCAUUAGAUUUUUGCUGCUUUGUAACUUUCCUAGCUCAUCCUGCAUAUUUUUCCUCACAAUUCCGGUUUGCUUUUCUGAUCACCACAGCUACAACAGAGCUGAGAUCCUCAGACCUAAAUGUGAACGGGUUUUAGGCAGGGACUAGACUUUCUUUUUCUCAUGCAUGCCACCCUCUCAAAUGCACAUUUGCAGUGAAGCCUUCCAGGUUCCAGCCUGUGAGGGCUAAAGAAGGCAGUAGGAGGAGGCACAGCCUUAUUGCAGAGGGGAGAGGAAUGACUGGGAGCUCAGGAUGUUGGAAAUGGAGUUCAGCUCAAGGUUUACUGUCGUGUGUGUUGCCUUAAGACCAAACCAGCAGUGCAGACUAAAAGGAAAUGGAAACAUAGGUACACAGUUUUUGUGAAUUACAAGCUUCCCUGUUUGGUGGGAAAGAGAAAUCACAGUUCAGGAGGAAAGCUGGACUGGUCAAUGUAGAGGUUCAUAACAAACUUCUCAGAGCGAGGGGACCUAAUCCAGAGGAAAAGUUGUAGUAGUGGUUCAUUUGCUCUGUGCUUUCUGUCAUCCUGGUGUGUGCCGGGGACUGUCAACUCGUCCUCUCUUAUGUCAGCCUGGCUGCAGAGUUGGGUAGGGGAUACCAAUUUCUGCUAGCUAUUCUGCUCCUAGGCACCUCACAGCCAGCCUUCACUGGCACUCACAGGCUUUUUCUGGAAGGUUGUCUGCAGUUCACAGCUUUCUCCAUGAUAAAGAGGGUGCUCACGCUGCUGACAGUUCUGACAGGGAAGCUCUCGGUUAGGAAAUGUGCGGGGCUGGUUGAAGUCUGUGUGCUUAUGCUACAGCCAGCCAGGCCUGGCCUGGCCCUUACCAGCUGGCCCUUCUGGGCUGACCAAUCCCACCAACCUUCAGCAAAGCCCUAAGCUGGUAUUUUUAUCCUUCACUGAUCUUUUUCCAAACUGACAGUGGUCAAUUUUAAAGUCAAUUUUUUAAAAUGGAUUCUUACUUUUUCUCCUUUGUAUUUAUUGAUACUGAACUCCUGUAUGUGAGAAGCUUGAAGAAUUCUGCAUUGUUGCAUGUUUUUUAACCUCAGUUUAUCCAUUUUGCUAAAAUUACUGUUUUAACUGAUGUCUUGCCGAGGGCUGAAUGGGAAGGGAAGAGGCGUGGCAGGGAGCAGGGUUAGGAAGUGCUCAGGCACCUUUCGAGUUCAGACCAUGACUGUGACAACUAGGGAAUUCCAGCCUGCAACAGAGCUGUUGGGAAGACCUGCUUGCUAAUCAGUUACACCACAAAUGCCUUUCCUGGAGAAUACAUCCCCACCGUGUUUGAUAAUUACUCUGCCAAUGUGAUGGUAGAUGGAAAGCCAGUGAACCUGGGCCUCUGGGAUACAGCAGGGCAAGAAGACUAUGACCGACUGCGGCCUCUUUCCUACCCACAGACGGAUGUUUUCUUGAUCUGCUUCUCCCUUGUGAGUCCAGCCUCCUUUGAGAAUGUCAGAGCUAAGUGGUACCCUGAGGUCCGACACCAUUGCCCAAAUACACCUAUUAUCCUGGUGGGCACCAAGCUGGACUUGAGGGAUGAUAAGGACACCAUUGAAAGGUUACGUGAUAAGAAACUGGCCCCCAUCACCUAUCCCCAAGGCUUGGCCAUGGCUCGGGAGAUCGGGUCGGUAAAGUACCUUGAAUGCUCUGCCCUGACACAGCGGGGCUUGAAGACGGUGUUUGAUGAAGCCAUCCGGGCUGUGCUCUGCCCACCGCCUGUGAAGAAGCCUGGCAAGAAGUGUACCAUGUUUUGAGGGCUGUGGCCUAGGUGCUGGCUCAGCAUGCUGUCAUCCUCUGACA